UUCUGUAUUUGAGUGUAAUUUAUCUAUAUUGUGAAUCUAUUUAAAAAUAUAUAGGGGAGUACUUAUCAGUUAUCUGGUACUCAUAACACAAGCUUCGCUUAGUUUGAGACUAGAUGGCGUUGUGGCAUUCUACAUGCAUUACAAUUUCAGUCCACGAAUGCCUUUGCCUACAUAAAUACUGACAUGUCAAAUGUCAAAACUGUCAAACAAUAGAAUUUACCGCAAACAGAAUGGAUCAGCUAUUCACGUUACUCCAAGCCAGCGGAAAUAACUCUCUGGAUAAGAUUGUUAAUUUAUUUAAAGAAGCAAAAAUCCUAGACACAACAGAAGUAGAAAGUAAAAUCCGGGACCUGUUCAAGGACGUCCCGAACCCUCAGGAUAUCUCCCUGGAGAAGUUCACGGAGGUGGUGACGGCCUUCGCAAACGAGCACGGGAAGACCAUGGAGGAACUGACUGAUAUGCUGACCCUAGCUGGCACUGAACUACUGAAAUUAACAGAGGAUGUAGAAAACGCUUUAACGCUAGCGGCUGAGAGUAUGACAUCAGGCCCUACACCGUCGACGUUUUAGACGAAACAAGAUUUUGAAAAUGCACUACUAUUGAAGCAAAGAGUCUAUGAGACCUCUAGUUGAUAUAUUGAGCCAUCUUCUAGGCCCAACUUGACUCAGCUAUGGCUUAAAACAGCUGAUAAUUGUCUGGUACACAAGUUACACAUCUCCUCGCUAACGCUGACGAAUCCCUCAAAUGUAUUGAACUGACAAGUCAGAGUCACGUCACUUGUCGAAGAGGAAUGUCAUUCAUAUACAUUUGUGUAAUUCUAAUAGCGCUCACUUUUUACACUGUUGUAAUAAACUUUUAUAACAAUAUCUUUCUUAUAUCUCCUAUGUAGGUACACAUUAAUAAUUAGUCGCUUAGAUUAAAAUGUUAAUUGUAUAAUCCAAUAUUUAAUUUUAGUUUAUAAUUAUGGAUAUUCUUAAUU